AUGGACCGACUAAGAUGGAGGAAUAUGUGUUUAAAUACAGUUAUGUUUUUAGUCGUUUUAUAUCUACCAUCAAAGUCCAGAUCACAUCUAAUUACCGGAAUAGACGAAAUGAUAGACGCCUACGAACACCUUAAUCUUGUGCGGACAAUAAAAGGUGGCAAAUUUAAGAUGGGGAUCAAUGAUCCACGCUCGGACAGCGGAGAAUAUCCUCCUUACAACAUUGCUGUAGGAUCAUUCAUCAUCGACCGCUUUCCUGUCACAAACGCCAGGUUUUGGAAAUUUCGCCAAAAGAGAACCCGGCAUUUUACUGGAAGUGAAAUCCGAGGGUGGAGUUGGGUGUUUCGAGAUUUUGUCAGUAACGAGACUUUGGGCAAAAGCACUCCUUCAAGAGAUCCCUGGUGGGUGGCUGUCCAUGGUGCCACUUGGCGGAAGCCAGAAGGUCCAGAUUCCACGAUCAAACACAUACUAGAUCGCCCUGUAGUGCAUGUCAACCUCAAUGAUGCAGCAACUUUUUGUCACAACGAGGGCAAACGGCUGCCGACUGAACAGGAAUGGGAGUAUGCUGCUAGGGGCGGAAAGGAUGGUUUGACUUUCCCUUGGGGAGAGGCGUACAAGAGGAACAGAGCCAACAUAUGGCAGGGACCUUUUCCGCACAGCAACGAACACAGAGACGGCUGGAAAGGGCUUUCUCCGGUCGAUGCAUUUGGACCCCAGAAUGACUACGGUAUGCAUGAUGUACUGGGUAACGUGUGGGAAUGGACCACAACGAGAUACUACGAGAGGUUGAUCGACCGUAGACUGCAGGAAGAGAUGUACGUCGUUAAAGGUGGUUCCUACAUCGAUACAUUUGAUGGGCAGUACAAUCAUGCGAUCCGAACAGCACAAAGGAUGGGUCUAAAUCCUGAGUACACAGCUCACAAUGUUGGAUUCCGAUGUGUGCUGCCAAUACCAGACGAAAAAUUUAAAGAGAAAUCGUUACGAAAAAUGCGAAGAACACAUGACGAACUGUGA